GAGGGGGCGAUGGAAAAAAGAAUCUCUUCAUACUUUCCACUGGUGGAAGCAGGAGCAGAAACUAUCGUGUUGGAUUAGGGUUCUAAGCUACAUAAUAACCUUGCUAUUUGAAAACAAAUAACGUAUUUGUUCUGUAACAUUGUGACCUAAAAAUAUCCGUGUCGUUUUUAUGAGAGCGCAGUCGUCGGACGCAAAGUUUUUAAUUUUGCAUCACAAGCUGGAUUUGACGUGUGACGAUGCACUCAGAGAGGCCUGACUAUGGUGGUCAAAGGCGGCACCAUGGUGACAGAGAGUCAAGGCGGAGGGAUGACUACAAUGACCGAAGGCAAGACCGUGGAGAUACACAGUGUUAUUCCUAUCACCCAUAUGGUGGUGCUGGAACCAGCAGAGCAGAGAGGAGCGGUCAAAGUACAAAUUACGGUGACUCUCCUCCAAUGCUGUACACUAAAGCGUCCCUAGACCGAGAGAGAGAUAGACACAGGGCUAGGAGGAGCCCAAAUUGGAGAUGCUUGUCUUCACCUGACUUGAGUGUUGCUGAAAAGAAAAGACAGAGGUUUCCAGAUGACAGCCUCGAUGACACCAGAUAUCGACUUGAGUCUGAUGAGAGAAAAUACAGGCAGUCGCCAGGCGACCUUUCGCAUGACUUUAGGAAUUUCAAGCACCAAUUACCCCAGGAAGAGGAUCUGAAAUACAGAAAGGGUUCACACGUUAUCAGAAAUCGGCACAGCCUAGAAGAACUUCCCUCCUGGCACCAACAGCUGAAUGAUUCCACACGCCGACGAAAAGAUAGACACAGUCAAGGAAUGAACCACAUUUACUCACCCGAUAUCAAACUAUGUCCAUAUGAUGACUCUUCAAAGAGAAAUGCCAGAUCGAGAGAGAGGAAGAGCAGCUCCCCUAAAGAUCGUUUUCACAAUCAAGCAAGAAAGUUGUCGGAUGGAUUGACGAAAAAGUAUUUUGAGCACACGACUCAGCCUGGUGAUGAUGUACCCAAGGAGGAGAAGUUGACUGACGGUUUCCAACGCUUCCUGGAUGUGCUCAAUAAAGGUGUGGAUGUGGACAUGCUCAACAAGAUUGUGAUUCAGGACCCUGCAGGAGGCCCCGCUAAGUCACAGUCUCCAGCAUCUUUUCAGACCGUAGUAGAGCAUCAAUGCUUUCAAGACAGAGAGCAAGGAGCUAAGCUAAAUAUCAAGAACUGGAUGGAAGACCAAACCCGUGAAAAAUGCUACAGGCCUCCAUCAUUACAGCAGCGUUUAAGGUCCUGCAGCCCAGAGAGAAGCUCUCUGUCGCAUGAUGCGUCAGGGCGUAAUGGAGGACAAGACCACUACAGCCGUAGGUCACCUCCUGUGCUAGAGAGAGAAUCACUGACGUCUGUAACUGAGCACAAGCAAAUGCAGGGUGUUUUGCAGGCCAUUGGGAUAGAUCUGGGAUUUGAGGAGCUUGGGCAAAUGUCGCACCGUAUCCAAGAGCGCUUAUACGGAAAGAAGGACAGUGACUGGAGCUACGAGAGUAAGGGAAGCCGGCAAAAGGUCACAAGACCAGCCUACUCUCCACGCCGCCACAGCCGCUCUUCAUCAUCCUCAUCAGCCUCAAGCAGAGGUAGUUUUAUUCCUUCAAAGAAGAACCACUUUUUUCACAGAGACUCAUAUCACACUCAGAGCUAUUCAAAAGUGAAUCAAGCCCAGAUCCCUAUCAGCAUCUGUAGUGUCCCGAGGAGCAAGUUGCCAGAUGACCCCAAAUGUGAAAUCAAAGUUAGCAAUUUUCUUAAUAUUCCAAUCCCAGGGUCAACAAAAGCAUCAACUUUGCCCACGCCAGCUUAUCCUCCCCCAAUGGUAUUUCCACCGCUACCUCCCAACUUUCCCAAUAUUGGCCCUGGCCUUCUAAUGCCUCCCCAACCCUUUCUGCCUUUUCCACCUCCCCAGCUACCAUUCCACAGUCCGCCUCCUUUCCCGCCUUUCCUUUGUCCCCCACCUUUCAAUACCCUGCCAUCUGUACUCGGUCAAACACGCCCGUUUUUCCCUACACCUGUGAACAACAACCAGCUCCCGCAACUAAACCACCCACAUGUACCUUUUCUGCCUGUAACCCCCCAACUAAAGUCCAAAACGCUGUCAAGGCCUCGUUGUCUGCACGUUAUCGAAACAAAAAAGUUGCGAUAAAGACUGCUUAAGUUGGUUUCCCCUUAUCUGGAUGUAUCCACAGAUUUGUUUGGGACUGAUAUCUGUUUUUACAAUCUUUAAUUUUAAGGAAACAAAUGUUAGUUUUGUAAGAAAGGUAUGACCAAAGGAUGUUCAAAACACUGAAAUGAUGGAUUACCAACAAUCACUAUGUUUACAUUGACUAAAAAACUAAUAACCGCUUGAGUUUGGUUUAGUUGAAACUAGGGCUGCAACUAACAACUAAUUUGAUAAUCGAUGAAUCUGUCGAUUAUUACUUCGAUUAAUCAAUUAAUAAUCGGAUAAAAGAGACAAACUAUAUUUCUAUCCUUUCCAGUAUUUUAUUGAAAAAAAAUACAGCAUACCGGUCCCAUACUUAUUUUGAUUAUUGUUUUUCAGCUGUUUGUGAAUGUUGCAGUUUAUAAAUAAAGGUUUAUUAUAAAAAUUAAAAAAGUAGCCUCCGCGCAUGCGUAUAGCAUAGAUCCAACAAAUCGAUGACUAAAUUAAUCGCCAACUAUUUUUAUAAUCGAUUAGUUGUUGCAGCCCUAGUUGAAACCAGUGUUUCUUUACAUCAUGUCAGGCUUUUUAGGGAUCAUGGCACCUCUCAACAGUAUUCAAUUCACGGGACGACAGAAACUGUUUCGUAUUGUUUCUAAGUAGAGAACUAACUGCUCGAGAUGACAAAAAGUAUUCUCCGCUUCGCAAUAAAUAUAUUCCAGUGAAACAGAACAGCCAAGACAAUUAAGUCUAAAUCAAAUUUUGGUGAUGUAAGAAUGAAAUAAUCUUAUACAACAUAAUACACAUAUAAUCCAUGAGUUAAAAAUAGCAGAUUUGUUCAACUAGUAUCCAGUUGUUUAAAGCCUCUGAGGACCAUAACCACAAAAACCAAAGCAAAUGUCACUUAAACACAAAGUAAAACAUUUCCAGCCACACGUAAGAGUCUGUUAAAGUAGUUCUAUAUUUACAACAUAAAAUUUUUAACCUUAAUUGGGUAAACAGUCACCUAACUGAUGAGUGUUAAAAAAGGAGCGACAAAACUAUUCCAUGAAUUAUGUUCUUUGGUCAAUGUAAAUUUUGUGAGUCUCAUGCUUAGGAAUUAAAUGAAAACUGUUAAAACAUUUGUUUUUGUUUUGUUGACACAUUUUCUUUUUGACGUAAUUGCACAGAAAACUGUUGUAAAUAUAAGUAUUUUCUUAAGUUCUCUUUAAGUAAAUGGUUUGAAAUUGU